CCUUCCUUUACCUGUCAGCAAAGAGCUUGUAUCAUACCGGUACCUGCGGAGUAAUGCAAUGUUUGUGCAUCUUGGGGGUGACGAGAACUCCAAGCCUACUUACUUUGAAGUAAUUGCAGCGGAUCGAUUGGUUCCUAGCUUAAAAGCGGCGGUCGUCUACGCGCUAUCGGUCUUUUCCCAGCGGCACCCAUGGGUCCAUCGACUGCUCAACUACGACGAUGAGGUCUUUGCUCUCUUAACACUCUUCCUAGAUGGCCACUCUUUGCUUGCCUCGGAUAGCACCUUCGCAGACAGCCUGUAUGGCCUCAAGCGCAAGCCGCUGCGGCCAGGCGCAAGCCCUGUCGAGCGGCUAACGCGCCGGCAGCGCUGGCUCAUCCUGGCCUGCCAGGUGCUGCUGCCGUACCUUCGGGCCAAGGCGGAUAAGGCCUACCGGCGAUCCUCCGCAAGCUCGGGCAUUCUAGGUCUCGCAAUUCAGUAUGGAGCCUCUCAGGACCCCUCCAGCCCGGAUCCAAGCAGCCCCAGGGCCCCGGCAGUCAGCAGCAGCUGGCGGGGCCAGCUGCGCGGGGCCCUGCUGGCCGCCUACCCCUGGCUGCAUGCGACCGUGGAGGGUGUCACGUUCGCCUACCACCUGUCGUACCUGCUAGGGGCAAGCCCCGUACACCACCCUGUCCAGCACGCGAUCGGAGUCAGCAUGGCUCGGACGUCGGCGCAGGAUAUGAUGGCCGCUGAGCGGGAGAAGCAAGAGAGGCGCCGAGCACUGCUGACAGCCUGGCUGGGACCGCAACUCGCCUACCGGCAACAGCCGCAGCCGCCGUCGCAGCCAUCCUUACCUUCGUCAACCCCCCUUCCGGGAGUCUCCGGCCUAACAGCUGCGGCGGGCGCUGCUGCCGGUGGUGCUGCCGCUGCUGCUGCCGGCCGCAGUGCUCCUGCUGCUGCCGCUGCUGCUGCCGCCGGUGCAGCUGCUGCUGCUUCCAGCCCCAGCCUGGCCUCCUGGCUGCGCUGGGCCGCAGUCCGCGGUGUGCUGGGCUGCAGGUGGCUGCUGGAGGACCACGCGAGGACCGCCCUGGUGCUGGCAGUGUUUGGGUUCAAGGCUCUGGAGUGGUGGUACACCACCGCAGAGGACGCGCUAGCUCGCGGCAAGGCGCUGGCGCCGCCCCCCCCGCCGCCCCCGCCUCGGCCGGUGCCCCCGCCCGCGGGUGUGGGCCUCCCGCCCGACCCCUCGGACUGCCCGGUGUGCAGGCACCGCACCACCAACCCCGCCACCAUCGCCACCUCCGGCUACGUCUUCUGCUACCCCUGCGCGCUGGGCGCUGUGAUGCAGCACGGCCGCUGCCCCGUGUCACACCUGCCCGCCUCGCUCGACCACAUACGCAAGCUGUAUGAGGCGUCGUAGGGGGCUGCGGUGAGAAGGAAGAAACCGAGAAGUCCGCAUGCCUGAAGCCCACAACCCAGGAAGUGCUGAGUGGGUGGGGUAGGCAUGUGGGUGAAAGAAGAAUACCCAGGUGUGUUUGCGGACAAUGGCAAACGAGGUGACAAGCCCUGGGGGAAUUGAUUUGAGGCAUGUGGGUGGGAGGCGGGUUGAAGGCGGUGGCAAUUAGCGUGGAGGCUCACUGGAGAUUACCGUACAUGAGUGCGAGGGGUGGGGUACAGGACAACAGGAGUAAAGAGUGUGCGAGUCGGAGGAGGGUGCUUUGCUGUGAAUGUCGCUUGUGGUGCUGCCGCCUCGGCUAAAGCCGUCGCGCGCCAGUAUUAAGGUGGAACUUGGCAAUGUAUCGCAGCGCUCUCAAGACGCAUUCCCUAUGCCGCGUGCAGUGUUUGUUGCGCGCUGCUAUCGUGACUUUGGAAGGCUGGAAGGGACUUGACGCUGACGCUGCAUAGUCAAAAUGGCUUUGCCUAGAGGGACGUAGGGAGGCAUGGUUCAGGAACUUUGGGUCUUGCUGAAGUCCUUCAGCACUUCUGCGUUAAUGGGCUUAGGGGGAAUUGAUGGUUUGUGAGUAGUGAAGUUCUUGCGGUCUGGCCAACAUUGCCAGCGGCGGGAAGAGAACCUGCGCUGCAUAGCGGUUCAUGAGAUUAUCGCCUGACAUUACCGGUAUGUGACUGAUUAUCCUGGCGUGUUGUUGCAGCGUGGCAAGCAGCAACCGGUAAAGGGCCGCAUGAACGCAGUCGCAGCCAUGCGCGCCAGAUUCACUGGGUGUUGCCGUACGGCCAAAAUUGGCUUUAGGCGAGAUUACAGGCCUACCUUCGUUCGGAC